AUGUCACAUCGAAUAUUGGAAUUAUACAGUGGCAUUGGGGGUAUGCACUGUGCAUGGAACGAAUCUGGUUUGAAUGGAGAAAUAGCUUUGGCAGUGGACAUAAAUACAGUGGCAAAUGCUGUCUAUUUACAUAAUUUCCCAAAAACGAAUUUACAGUGUAGAAACAUCCAGUCGGUAACAGUGAAUCAGAUAAAGAAAUUAAAUGUCGAUACUAUAUUAAUGUCGCCCCCAUGUCAGCCGUUUACAAGAAAUGGAAAAUAUCUGGAUGAAAAUGACCCCAGGACUAACUCAUUUUUAUAUCUAAUUGAAAUUUUACAUGAAUUAACAAACAUUGAAUACAUUCUUAUGGAGAAUGUAAAAGGUUUUGAAGUUUCAACUGUAAGAAAUUUGUACAUAGACAAGUUAAAGGAAUGUAAUUUUGACUAUCAAGAAUUUUUAAUCUGUCCAUCUACACUUGGAAUACCUAAUUCUAGACUAAGGUAUUAUUGUACUGCAAGAAGAAAUUCUCUCACUUGGCCAUUUAAAAGGAAAGAUGAAAUUAUAACUAAUCUUCCAACUGAUUAUGGAACUGCAUACAGUUUGGAAUCUAUUUUAGAAGAUAAUGUUUCUGAAGAAUUUUUAGUACCAGAUAAAAAACUAAAAUGUGGGAAAGUUUUAGAUAUUUGUUAUAGAGACUCAAAAAGAUCUAAUUGUUUUACAAAGGCAUAUACACAUUAUGUUGAAGGUAUGGGAUCUGUUUACACUGAUAAAAGUCCUGAUACAGUUAAAGUGUGUUAUGAUAAAGCAAAUUCAUAUGAAAUUGGAAGUGAUCUUUUUAUUGAAGCAUUUAAAGAAUUAAAACUGAGAUAUUUUACGCCAAGAGAAGUAUUAAUGCUAAUGGCGUUUCCUAAGGAUUACAGUUUUCCAACAAACAUAACAAGAAAACAGUGUUACAGGUUAUUGGGCAACAGUGUUAAUGUUAAAGUUAUCAGUGAAUUAUUAAAAACACUCUUUUUGUAA